CGUAUCCACUCUCAUUCGCGUCUAAACUAUUGUGAGAUAUUCUGCGCGCGUGUAUACGUGUGUCGUGACGCUAAAAGACGUGAGCCUUCGACGUAACAAUACGAUGCGGAGUUUGUUUUUCUUCGGCGAUACGAUCGACGAGGAACCAAAGAGGAAGAGAGAGUAUGUCGUCGGCAGGGAUUGGUAUCUACUAUCUUUCUCGGUCUCCUGCCAUAACGCCUGUUACGCCGAAAAUACAGGCAUCAUUUGACCAUCCCUCAUAUACGUAUGUUAAUGAGUGUUUGAAAGGCAGGAUCAAUCGGCUUCUCCCGCGUUUUUGGCUAUAUUAUCGAAACUGCAUUAUACACUUAUGUCAUGGUACGACUACAAACUGCGCUGGGACCCGAAGGAAUACGGAGGGGUUCACAUGUUGCACGUGCCGUCCGAUCACAUUUGGCGGCCCGACAUAGUGCUCUACAACAACGCGGACGGCAACUUCGAGGUGACCUUGGCCACGAAGGCCACGAUCUACCAUCAAGGAUUGGUCGAGUGGAAGCCGCCGGCCAUAUAUAAGUCAUCCUGCGAGAUCGACGUGGAGUACUUCCCAUUCGACGAGCAGACCUGCGUCCUCAAGUUCGGUUCGUGGACCUAUGACGGCUUCAAGGUCGAUCUGAGACACAUGGACGAGAAACCCGGGAGCAACGUGGUGGACGUGGGAGUCGACUUGUCCGAAUUCUAUAUGUCCGUAGAAUGGGAUAUUCUAGAAGUGCCUGCAGUACGAAACGAGAAGUUUUACACCUGCUGCGACGAGCCCUACUUGGACAUCACGUUCAACAUCACGAUGAGGAGGAAGACCCUCUUCUAUACGGUGAACAUCAUCAUACCCUGCAUGGGAAUCUCGUUUCUCACGGUUCUCACGUUUUACCUGCCCAGCGACAGCGGCGAAAAGGUAACGCUCUCGAUCUCGAUUCUCAUCAGCCUUCACGUGUUCUUUCUGCUGGUUGUCGAAAUCAUCCCGCCGACAUCGUUGGUCGUGCCGCUGCUUGGAAAGUACCUGAUAUUCGCCAUGAUACUCGUCUCGAUAAGUAUAUGUGUUACUGUUGUCGUCCUCAACGUCCACUUCCGCUCACCGCAGACGCAUAAAAUGGCACCCUGGGUGAAGAGAGUUUUUAUACACAUUCUUCCGCGGCUUUUAGUCAUGAGGAGGCCGCAGUAUAAAUUCGAAACUAACAGGUACACUUCCGGCAGAGUGCUAAUGAGGACCGUCAGGGGGAAGGAGAAGACCUGCUAUUAUCCUUACCACCCGUCUACCCAGGAGGACAGCGAGGAGCAUCUCACAUCCAAGAGAUUCCACAGCCGUCCUUCGUCAAAGGAAGACCUCUCGCCUUCCAGCCUUACAGACGGUGCGAGGUUUGGCGGUAGCUGCCUGAUUCACGGUCCUCCUCUGCCGCCUCUACCGUUACACACUGAGUGCGAGGAUCUCUCGGUUGCCGGGGACACAGGCAUAGAAGAAGUGAAAAGCCCGGCGCUACGAAGCCCGCCCGCCUUCUCGCACUCCCGCUGCCCGCCGGAAGUGCACAGAUCCUGCAUUUGCGUACGUUUCAUCGCCGAGCACACCAAAAUGCUCGAAGAUUCGACCAAGGUGAAGGAGGACUGGAAGUACGUGGCGAUGGUCCUGGACCGGCUGUUUCUUUGGAUCUUCACCCUGGCAGUAUUGGUCGGCACCGCCGGCAUCAUACUGCAGGCGCCCACUCUCUACGACGACCGAGUACCGAUCGACAAGAAGUUCAGCGAGUUCGCGACCACGACAGCGGUGAAGUGCCCGCCCCAGUAGUCCAUGCCCGAGCCCUGCACCGUAGAGAAAGACUAAGGACCAGAAGCCCGGACCCCCCGUCCUAGUCUUAGGAGAGUCCGCAAGCUCCACUUCCUUAUCCUCUUCAACGACGAAAUUACGGCAAAAGGGCUCCGAUCUUGCAAGGAACGACCGUGUGAGAAGAGAUUGACGGGCGAUUGACGAGACACACAUGUUCUCCCGAGAACGGAAGACAGGUCGCGGGCAGAACAAGCUUAGAGGAAGUCGGGAAGAAUCGCUCCCGUCGACGCGCCACGGAGAGUCGCCUCGGUACGGCGGACGAUUUUCGUAGAUCGGAAACAGAAAGGCGACGGACAGGUCGUUGCGGGAUCUCGGCGUGUCGACGACACGAGGCUCGCGGUUUCUUCCAUGAGAUCGCCUGCUCCUCCGGUGUCCUCGCGGACAUAUUCGCGGCGCGAGAUCCCGUGCGCGAAACCUCACGUGCACCUACCAUAGUCUGCUCAAGUAAAUCGUAAAUACGAAGCUGCCACUACUUAAUCGAGUAAUCUAACACAUCAGGCUGACGGACGUCACGGUGUAACGUUGUAUAGUAAUUUUAGCGCCUCGAAGAAAAACAGAGAAAGGACGAAGAGAAACGCCAGCGGUCAAUUGUUCGUCUGAACGCACGCGCGCGCGCGCGCGCGAACGAGAGUAUCGUUCGCCUCCAGGUAAGACAAAACCAGGACUAAUUAAACGCUGGUUAAUUAAUUCGAGGGUUCUUCUCUCUGUUCGCUGUUGGUGAAUUAAUAAACCGCGCGAGACAGAGAGAGACAGUCAGGAGACUUUCAAAAGUUAGUUAAUCCAGUCCGUCGCGGGGCGGCUGUGUACUUCACGCACAUUGUUUCGCACGAAGGAUUAGAUCGUCGUUGAUGCAGCGUCGUCGGCCGGCUUUCCUCGCGCAUAGAACACAUUUUUUAUACCGAAACGCAACAUCGUCUCGACGAUGGCUCGUGAUUCGUCGCGACGCACCGGCAGCGAUGCGAAUAUUUCGCGAUACUGCCGCGUCGCGAUUCGAACGGUGACUCGUCGAUGGCCAGAGUGAAAUGGCAGGUGUGCGGCGAUUACGCCGCACUGCGACGCCGAUUGAUACGGCGCGAACGAUAUCUCGCUCGGACGAGACACGCGCGCGUUCCGCGAACGCACUCGCGUUUUUUGUAUCGCGCGGUCGGGGAGCCGCUCGCAUUACUCGAGCUAAUUAGUUAAGCACCGCGUAGCUAGCUCGUCGUACACAGAUCUAGGGUAAUGUAACCUUACUCGAAGUAUAACCAGUUGAUAAUUUUAGAGAUGUAUCCGUUUAUACGAGCAUAUAUAUAUAUAUAUAUAUAUAUAUAAGAGCGGCACACACACGGACGAGCCGACGGCGCGUCGGCUACGCGAAGCAGCAAUCCUCCCUGAGUACUGUUUCGCAAAAUCACCACACCAAACCCGAUCUAUUCCCUCCAUCAGAGCUGUGCUUCAAGGAGCCGCGCUCCUUCGCGGAUGAUCCGAACGCGUUCUACCUGUCGCGCCCGAUCUCGGCGCUUCCCGCGAUCUUCUUCCUUUGAUUUUCUCGCCGAUGCGAUGUAAAUACCUCCAUUCGUACACGCACACGUACGCGCGGCCCUUCCGUCAUCGUUUCACCCUUCCCUAAGCUUUUCUCGCAUCGCGAGCGGAAAGGAGGAUGCGCGUCGAGAGGGCCCACGCCGCCGACGCGUCACCUCGUCCCGAUGAAGAAAAAAAAAUAUUGUAUUUUGUAACGAAGAAAACUGAAAUACGCGAGAUACUACAAUAAAGGUAACCGAUAGUACGGUAAGAACAAGUAAAGCAUACGAAUUCUAAAGCUGAUAGUUGUAGGGAAUUGAACAACCGUUGACGCUGUUGUUCAAUGCCGUAGUUCGUCGUGGUCGUUGUGUGAGUCGUCAUUCAUGAUUUCGCCUUUGUUUCUACUCUCUUUUUAGACGGUUAUUACGCGUCGUGUAUGAUAUUUGUCAUUGUGGUUAAACGAAUCGAUAGUCGCGAAUCGCGAGGCGUACGAAUAGUUACACUCGCGAGAACGUGUAACCCAACGUCGGAGAAUCAUGGAUCGCGCCGGCAGGAGCAAGGUGUCCAGAUUAAUGAUUAUUCGCGUGUUUCGCGGGGAGAAGUCUCUGAACAGAUGUUCUUUUUUCGUUACACGAACCGGCGCAAUAGUCUCGGCGUGUCACGCGACUUGAUGAUUCGAAUUUUCCAAUCGUAUGAUGAAUUUAUCAUCUAUUGGUUAUUCUAAGAAGAGAGAAAAUGAUAUGGCUGAGCAGGUAGAUGCACGGAGAAGAAGGACUGGUUUUGUAUUAACGUGAAGUUUGCUUCGUGACAAACGAACCGUUUUAAUUGAAGGAAACUGUAUUUCUAGCUAUAUAUAUAUAUAUAUAUAUAUAUAUAUAUAUAUAUAUAUAUAUAUAUAUAUUUCUAGCUCUUGGAACCAAGUUUGUGUCGUAAGAACCACAGAAAUUCUGUAUGCUUCAGCUCAAAACGCGUUAGUUCAUUAAAGUCAAACUUUAUGUUAAUAUCAAAUUUUCUUUUUCAGCGACCUUUACUUAGAGCGUAACUUUAUUCAGGUUAGUGUCCAGAAACAAAUGUAUGCGAUCAGAAAGUGCUACAAGUGAGAAAAAAUACUUGAGGAUUCACAUCUGUGGAUAUAAAAUUUAUUCACAGAAAUAAACUUUAUCUUCCACAAAUAAAAAUUUCAAAACAUUUUUUCCGUGUACUAAUACACUGAGAAAAAAUAUCUAUUAUAUACCAAGAAAAAAGCAUUUGAAAAUUUAUUUGCGGGAUAUAAGGUUUAUUCGCAAAAAUAUUCCACAAAUAAGGUUUCAAGCACUUUUUUCUCGAUAUAUAUAGAAUGUUGACACACUGUCAUUUUGUCGAUUUGUGUACAUGUUUCUCCCCGCGUAAUCGAUUAGAAAACAAAAUAAAGAGUAUCUGUUAUUAAUUUAAAUGGGACAGUGUCAAGGCUACCGUCGCCUCGAACUGAAAAAAAAAAAAAAAAAAAAAAAAAGAGCGACCGGUCGUUCUCUCGAUAGAAACGGAUAUCCGAUGUCCUCCUGUGCUGAUUUUUAAAUCAGAGAGAGGAACAUGAAAAACAAGCGGAUUGAUGGCUCGCGAUUGAUCGCGUGUCGAUAACCCCUUUCUCGGUCGACGAUCGAUACUCGCGUUGAUGUCCUCGAUUCUCCGACGUUCUUAGGACUCCUCUUAACCGUAACCAACGCGUAAUAAUUUCCGCGCAUUUCCCAGCAGCAGUUAUAACGCAACGGUACGUUUUGGACUGUAAAUAUAUUAUUACGGCGAGGAAUAACGAUUCCCCAUUACUACUGCCAUUAAGAACGCAACGCCGGUAUUUUAGAGAGCGUUUUUGCGCCGUCACCUGGACGGCCAUCGAUCGUUCUUCGUUCGUUCGAGAACCAUUUUCGGCGUGCGAUCGUUCAUUACGACUCUCGCGAUUGCCGAUCACUCGUCGUGGCGCGCUUCCAUGCGUAUGAAAAGAAAAGAGAAGUGGAGUUGCCGCGCGGGUAGACGAUGAGAUCUCUCUCUCUCUUUCUUUCUCUCUCUCUUUCUUUUGAGAGAGAGAGACAGAAAUUCGGACGGUCGUUUCUCUCUGCGAGUCGCCACGACGAUCGACACUGAUCGGGUCUGUUCGCGUAGCGGAACACACACAGAGAUGGGCAGAGCUUCCCGAUAUUUCGAUAAUUGCGCGAUCACCGCGAAAUACAGGCGCGUCAGAUUAUUCGUCGGUUGAUCCGCGUCCGAUAUUCUUGAUGCAUCUUGACAUGGGGGGAGGGGGGAGAAAGAGAAGUCGCUCAGUUAUGCCCAUCUCCGAACGGACUACCAUCACCGAAGUGAGGUCGAGGGCGAGGAUACACGCUGAUCGCUACCUGAUUGAAAAUCGUCCAGUGAACCGCCGAAACGCAUUAGACUCGAGGGAGGCGAGGGCGUGCAUUAGGUUUGUAGACUCGAGAGAUUGCUCUCUUCCUAGCGAGAGAGCGAAACAAAUCUACUCAGCACUAGGUCGUUAGGGAAAACAACGCACACGUUUUCUAUGAUAGAGCUACGUAUUUACUUAAUUGUUACGAAAUAGCGCCGCCCUCGUGACAGCGGCGACACUCACUGUCACGAGGAUUACGUCGACGUCGAUCGCGGGAUGACCUUAGGUUAGGGGUGCUGAGAGAACGAGAAUGAGCGAGAGAGAGAGAGAGAGAGAGAGAGAGAGAGAAAGAGAGAGGAAGAAAGAAAGAAAGAAAGACGGGGUGUGAAUGUGGGUCAUGCAUAUUUAGAUAAUAGACGAGAUUAUGACAAGAUAAGUUUAAGAUGUAAAUACCGUGUAAAUAGCCGUGCGUAGCGUUAAGUCGAGAAGGCUAUGUAACAAUCGGGCCUUUUUUUACAAUCUCUUCAGACACUCACAUCCCUCCGAGAAAUCUCACGGGGCUCUUUAAUAUUAUCGACGUCGUAUCCGUUGGUUCUUUGUAACGCAGACCGUGUACAUUAUAUUUCAAUACUCUCCGAAUGAUUUCGAGCCUUCAUAAUAUCAUAUGUGCGGAUGCGAAAAGUGCCCUGUCGAUCCGAGAAUGAAGCGUCGUUAGAGAUUAU